AUGGUCAAGGUCGUUCAGGGCACAAUCAUCGAGUGCGACGCCGCCGUCAAGCAGAUCAUCCUGAAGCUGGACGAGGUCGACAACAUGCACUUUGUUCUCGAGGAGCUCGACGAAACCCAUUUGUUUGUCGAUAGCUCGUGUAUCGAGGAGUAUACCUACAAAGCACAGGAUGCCUAG